AAAACUGAAAAAAGAAUAGAAAACACUGUCGGAAGAGAGAGAGAGAGAGAGAGAGAGAGAGAGCAACAAUGGCGUUGCACGUCAUAUCAUCAUCAUCAUCAUCUUCAGCCACUUGUGUGACCUUGGCUUCCACCAUCAGAGCCUUCGUUAGACCUUCUAUCUCCCUCAGAACCACUCCAUUUACUCGCUCUCCGUCGAAGCUUAACCUCCUUCCUCCCUCCGUCUCUCCUUCAUCAUUUCCUCCGCUUCGUCUUUGUAGACGAGGCUUCCAAGGUGGUCGUAUCAAAGCGAUGGCUUCUCCUGCUCCCGGAUCGGUCAACAAGCCAGAGGAAGAGUGGCGUGCGAUCCUGUCUCCUGAGCAAUUCAGGAUUCUAAGGGAGAAAGGCACUGAAUAUCCAGGAACAGGAGAAUACAACAAACUAUUCGAAGACGGCAUCUAUUCCUGUGCAGGAUGUGGAACUCCUCUUUACAAAUCCGCCACCAAGUUCGAUUCCGGUUGUGGCUGGCCAGCCUUCUUCGACGGCAUUCCCGGUGCUAUAAACCGGACUCCUGAUCCAGAUGGGAGAAGAAUAGAGAUCACUUGUGCGGCUUGUGGAGGACAUCUCGGUCAUGUUUUCAAAGGAGAAGGUUUCCCUACACCUACCGAUGAGCGACACUGUGUGAACAGUGUCUCUCUCAAGUUCGCACCAGGGAAUUCAACCUUGUAAUAAUAAUGCACUUGUGUUGUGUAAUCCUAUUGUCUAUUUCUCCUGCACGGUGUUUUUGUCUUGCUUGGUGAAACUACUGUUAGUUUCAACUCCAAGUAAUGAGGUCGCUGAAUUAAGUCCUUGUGACUCUUCGUAUUGUCAUAAACAUGUAUAAGAUCUCACCCAAGCUUGUGAAUAAAGUAACAUCACUUGUUUGUA